AUGGUACCUUUAAUCAUAGUUCUCCUUCAUCAUUAUACACCUAUCCAAAGUUUUCCUUCUUCACAGAAGCCAUCCUGCCUCCCUCAAAUCAGCCCCAGCAUUGUCAGAAAUGGGGAUCUUGUGAUUGGGACUUUUCUUCCCAUGUAUUCGGUUGAGGUGAGCAGUGUCACUGGAGCAGGACUCUUUGGAAGUUAACCUGACAGGGACUGUCAGAACUAUAAGUGGCUAUACAAAAAUUACCAACAAGCCCUGGCCCUAAUGUUUGCUGUAAAGGAGAUCAACAAGGACCUACCUAACCUGUUACCCAACCUUACCCUGGGCUUCCACCUCUACAACACCUCCCACGGUGAGGAGAGGACCUUGGAGAGCUCCCUGUGCUGGCUGCCUGGGCAGGGCCAGCUCAUCCCUAACUACAGCUGCUGGAAGUAGGACACGUCUGUGGCUGCCAUUGGAGGAGCCACCCCAGCUCUGUCUGUCCAGAUGGGGACCCUGCUGGAGCUCUACAAGUAUCCACAGGGCUUAGCUGCUUGCUUUCUCUGGAGGGUAGGCUUCCUUUCUGGCUUGUACGGGGGGGGGGCCUCCCUAUUGGGGUCCCCUGGUGUGGGGUUUAACUGCUGGCCUACCUCAGGAGUGGGGCCCUGCUGCUGGGUUGCCAUGGAAACAAGGUCUCUCUGCUGGGAGGGAGGGGCUGCACUGCUGGUUAGUAAUGGGGUCAAGACUUCCUGCGUGAGACUGCCUGCUGCUGCUGCUCUUGGACCUCACUCCCCUCCCACUCCAGUGAGGCAGAUCUUUCCUGCUGGGCUUGCUCUGGCCUUUGGGUACUUUUUUACAGUGGCCUUCUUGGUUUUACCUCCAUUUAUCCUCUUUUCCAUUGCACCUCACUCACAGAACACUACCAAUUAUUACAGGUGUCGGAAAAGAAACUACUCCACGCUGCCCCCUGGCAUUCCAACUCUCCCCCUCCCAGGACAAGUAGACCUGUCAAGCACCAAGUCCCCCAGGACUCAUACAGUAAAGGAGUCCCUCACUGGUCCUGCUUUGUGCCUCUGUUACUUUGCUGUCCCUGCCCACUGCAUUUAUUCACCGUUCCUGCCUUUCUGUCGUUUGAGUAAUGAAUUGAUCCAACCAUUUUGGAGACUCCAUUCAUUUCUAAAGAAUAUCCAGUUUAACAACAGUGCUGGUGACCAGGUUUUUAUGGAUGAGAAUAGAAACCCUGAGGCUCAAUAUAACAUCCUGAACUAUGUAACCUUCGAUGUGGAUGUUGAAGCUCUGGUGAAAGUCGGACAGUUUAUCCCCCAGGCUGAGCCUGGCCACGAUUUCACCAUUAAUGAGGAGACCAUAGUGUGGGGCUUUACAUAUUAUGAGAUUCCUUGUGCCACCUGCAGUGAGAGCUGUGGUCCUGGAUUCAGGCAAACCCCACUGGAGGGACAGCCCAUCUGCUGUUUCAACUGUUCUCUGUGCCCUGAGGGGGAGAUCUCCAAUCAGACGAACAUGAAGCAUUGUGUGAAGUGCCCAGGAGAUGCAUAUCCAAAUAAGGAAAGAAAUACAUGCCUCCCCAAGGUUGUAACUUUCCUGGAUUUUUCAGAACCUUUAGGGAUGGCUCUAAUCUGUGUAGCUCUUUCUUUUUCUCUAAUGACAUCUCUGGUUCUCUGUAUAUUUGUGAUGUUUCAAGACACACCCAUAGUGAAAGCCAACAACCAGGCUCUCAGCUAUACUCUCCUCAUCUCCCUCAACUUCUAUUUCCUUUGCUCCUUGUUCUUCAUUGGCCGUCCUACUUCAGCCACCUGCCUCCUUAGACAAACGACCUUUGGGAUUGUGUUCACAGUAGCUGUAUCCUCCAUUUUGGCCAAAACCACUAUGGUAGUCUUGGCUUUCAGGUUUACAACACCAGGCAGCAGGGGUAGAAUGUGGGUGCAAUCCAGAGCGUCCAACUCUAUUGUCGUUAUCUGUUCUGGGAUUCAAGUGAUUCUCUGUGGCAUCUGGUUGGGAAUCUCUUCCCCUUUCCCAGACAGAGAUACCCACUCUGAACCAGGUCAGAUCAUCAUUGGGUGCAAUGAGGGCUCUGACUUUGCCUUCUACUCUGUCCUGGGCUACUUGGGAUUCCUAUCACUAUGUAGCUUUACAGUGGCUUUCCUGGCCAGGAACCUUCCUGACACCUUCAAUGAAGCCAAGUUCAUCACAUUCAGCAUGUUGGUGUUCUGCAGUGUGUGGGUUUCCUUCCUCCCCACAUACCAGAGCACCAAGGGCAAGGCCAUGGUUACUGUGGAAAUCUUCUCCAUCCUGGCAUCCAGUGCUGGGUUACUGAGCUGCAUCUUUAUCCCCAACUGUUACAUCAUUCUGCUUAGGCCAGACAGAAAUACUCAGGAUAUAAAGAAUAAAGCAGAUAACAGGGGCCAGAACCAUUCUGCAUAAUUGACUGCUAAUUUCUAUCAGAGUCAUAUUCAGUUUUAA